UGGUAAAUAUGAAAUUGGCUGCAUUAGUAUUUUCAAAUCAAUACCAUAAACACCAGCCUUAUUUUCUCUUGACUUUAUCCUUGUGGUGCUUCCCGCGCGGUCCGGAGUCCGAAAUCCGGAUACCGGAAGCGCUUUUUCACUCCCUAUUUAUAAUUUUUUAUUUUAAUAAAAAUCUAUUCAAUUUUCCCACCUGAAAAUAAAGAGAGAAAAUUCAGUUAUUCAAGAUUUUAAUCAUCUCAUAUUAAAACCAGUUUUAAUUUUUUUUAUUUUUUUUUAUUUUUUUUUUAUUUUUUACUCCCCUGAUUGUGAGUGACUGUAUAUAAUUUUUUGUGAAACGAGGAAACAUGCGGUCCAUGAAAAAUCCUGGUGAUUCCAAUAAUCUUAAUGAGAAGAGUUAUAUUUUGGAUAGCAAGAAAAAAUUCGAGGAUGGAGGAAGCCUCAAUUCAGAAGAUUCCUAUGACGACAUGAGACGCCUAGUUAGGGAAAAUGAAGAAGAGGAUAAAGACAAAUUUACCAGUUUACCUCUGGCCAGUUUUAACUUUAUUAAUUCCAUUAUUGGAAGUGGUGUAAUUGGAAUACCAUAUGCACUUCAUCAAGCCGGAUUUGGAUUAGGAAUGAUAUUAUUGAUAGUAGUCGCAUUACUCACAGAUUAUUCAUUAAUUUUGAUGGUGAGGAGUGGACAUCUUUGUGGAGAAAUGAGUUAUCAAGGUUUAAUGAGAGCAAGCUUUGGUCGAACUGGUUUUUACAUUCUAACAGUACUUCAAUUUAUAUAUCCUUUCAUAGCAAUGGUCUCAUAUAAUGUUGUAGUUGGUGAUACGGUAACAAAAGUUUUAAUUAGAGUGACGGGAAUCGAUGAUUCAAGUUUUUUUUGGUUUUUGGUGAAACGAGAAAUGGUGAUAUUUUUAUCGACUAUUCUCGUCACAGUUCCAUUAUGUCUUUAUAAAAAUGUCGCAAGACUUGCCAAGAUCUCAUUUCUUUCUCUUGUUUGCGUUGGAUUUAUUCUUUUAGCAAUUUUCAUUCGAAUGGAUACAAUGUCAUCUCUCGUACCAACUGGUGAACACAGUUGGAGAUUCGCCAAUUUUCCCGGUAUUAUACCCGCGGUUGGCAUAAUGGCAUUUGCAUUUAUGUGUCAUCACAAUACAUUUCUUAUUUAUGGUUCAAUUGAACGUGCAACACAACAAAAAUGGGAUGUCGUUACGCAUUGGUCUCUAUUUACAUCAUUUCUUGUUGCUGCCGCAUUUGGAAUUGCUGGCUAUACAACAUUCACAUCAUAUUCACAGGGCGAUCUUAUGGAAAAUUAUUGUUGGAAUGAUGAUCUCAUGAAUUUUUCACGAAUUAUGUUUAGCGGUACAAUUUUAUUAACAUUUCCCAUUGAAUGUUUCGUCACUCGAGAGGUAUUGAUAAAUGCAAUUCGCGGCAGAGAUGAUGUGGAAAAUCAUGAUGUCUAUAUAUCGGGUACUGAUAGACAAUAUUUGAUAAUAACAUUGAGUAUAAUUGGAAUUGCAUAUAUUAUAUCAAUGACAACUGACUGUUUAAGUAUUGUCCUUGAAUUAAAUGGUAUUCUAGCGGCAGUACCAUUGGCCUAUAUUCUUCCUGCAUUGUGUUACUUAAAACUAGAGGAGGGUUCAAUUUUUUCAUCAAAAAAAUUACCAGCCCUUGGUUUAAUGAUUGCCGGUGUAUUUGCUGCAAUAUCAGGACUUAUUUUAAUAAUUAUUAAUGAAAAUUCUGGUAGCUCAUCAUGUGUACAUGGUAAUAUUAUGCCUUAUUGUAUUAAUAAUUCAACUUUAAAUACUAUUGGCAGUACAACAACAACAACAACAACAACAACAACAACAACUGCAAUUAAUAUUUUUAAUAAUCAAACAAUUGCACCAAUUUCGACAUUAUCACCAAAGGCGUAGAAAAAAUAUUCUUAUAUAUAAAAAGAAUUUUCAUCAACUCAAAUUGUACAAAAAAAAAAAUAAUAAUAGCUCGAAUUUUCAAAAAUA